AUGGCAGGGCGCCCAUCCCGACCCAGUGGCCAACCCCAGUCCAGUAAGGUGAGCCAGUUUAAAUUGGUUCUACUGGGGGAGACAUCAGUGGGGAAGUCCAGCCUGCUUCUGCAGUUUGUCAAAGGCCAGUACCAGGACUUUGGGGAGAGCACCAUUGGGGGUAGAGUACCAACCACACACCAGAAUACUCUCCUCUGUAGAUCAAUAGAACUUCUUCUUCAGGUCAUUUUUUCCCAGACGCUUACAUCUGGUCAUCUGACCUCCUCCUUUCUGUUGUUUGUCCAUAUGAUAACCUUUUCCACAGAGACUUGUUCACAUUUUGCACACUUUUCCUCUCUAUCAUUCUUUUCUAUCUGACCCACAAGGUUUUAUUUUUUUCCUCAAUCUACGUACCCGUCAACUCCUCCUCUCAUUACUAUUUUGUAGGCUAAAGCAUCUCCCAUGUUCUCUUCUCUCAGCUGCCUUUCUGACUCAGAUGGUGAGUGUGGACAGUGCCAUGGUGAAGUUUGAGAUCUGGGACACGGCUGGUCAGGAGCGCUACCACAGCCUGGCACCCAUGUACUACAGAGGAGCUCAGGCAGCCAUAGUGGUCUAUGACAUCACCAACACAGUAUGAACAUCUUAGAUUAUAACAUAUCCCUCUCCUUUAUCAAAUGCUCCGUCUCCCCCUUUAUCUAACUCUCUCUCUCUUUCAUCCCCAUUUCUCCUUCCUGCAUAAUGACUCCUAUCUUUUCCCUGUUAAUUUCCCCAUCUCUUCACUUUUCCUCUCACUUUUUCCACUCAUAUGUAGUGAAGUCAUUCACCAACAAUGCUUAGCGUCUGUUAAUAAUUCUCGCCAGAAAUUUCGCAGAUAUUCUGCAUUUACACUAUACCACUUCUGCAGAAGUUUGAGCCAGAUGUUUGAGAAGGACAUGCAUUUCAGUCUAGUACAUUUUCCCUGUUCCUUCUGGCCAUAUCUCAUCUUUAUUUUCUACUCUGGAUAGGAGACCUUUGUACGAGCCAAAGCCUGGGUGAGCGAGCUCCAGAAACAAGCCAGUACAAACAUGGUGAUAGCCUUAGCGGGCAACAAGGCCGAUUGGUCUGCUAACAGAGCGGUGGAGUAUACGGUAGGCUCCUGUGUGUAUACCUCACACCCAAGAUAGCCAGAUGCUUGCGCAGUGAUGUGUGUGUAGCAGGUCUACAUGUAUGUGGUGUUUUUUCAGGAUGGUCAGGGUUAUGCUGCUGACAACAGUCUUCUCUUCAUGGAGACCUCUGCCAAGACAGCCAUGAAUGUCAACAACCUCUUCCUGGCCAUAGGUGAGUCACAUCUGACAUGCCAUCAUCCAAAUUCAUAGGGUUGAAAUGGGCUGUUGGAGAUGACACUGUGACUUUCUUUCUCGAGGGCUUCCAUAUUUAAUGUUAUGUACUCAAUGUUAUCAGUCAAAACUAAUCAAAACAUAAUUCCUAACAGAGCAUUUGUUUUUGCUAUGAAUAGUUUACUCCUCACCAUGACACCUCUAAGGGUUUGUCCCUCUGUGUCCACAAGAGGGUGAUAAAACCUCACUGUACACACAAAUAUGAACAGCGAUCACCUUGUUUAUACCGUUGCCAUCUCAACUAUAAGCAACACAUACUAUAAUUGUUCUAUGUGGUCCUCUAUGUUGAUAUACAGUACCAUGAUUUGUUGUCUCUCUUUUUUCUAGCCAAGAAACUGCCCAAGAGUGAGCCACUGGGUGGAGUAGCUGGUAGUGCUGGGGUUCGAGGAGGACCUCCAGUGGACCUCAGACAGCCUACCCAGACCAGCCCAGCCCAGUGCUGUGGAAACUGA